AACUAUUGAAGUCUCUUCUAAAAGCCUAUCUCAGUUGAUAAAUCAGUAGAAAAGAAACAUGCAAACAUCAUGAAUUUGCAGGAAAUAGUUGGGGAUUGUUCAGCUAACGACAGCACUGGUAGUUUGAAUGAUGGGAGCAGCCUCCGGUCAUCAAGUGUUUCAUCCACAAGUUACCAAAAGGAAAAGGAAAAGGAAAAGAAGAAAGGCAUAUGGCACAAGUUAAAAGCAAGAUCAAAGGUGAAAAAAAGGAAGCAAAAACACAAAGCUAAAAAAGAAAAUUCACUCUCAGAAUCGACGAAUAACAACUCUAAACCGUUGAUACGAUUAUCGAGAGACAACUCUUAUAGUGAAGCUGAUUUAGUAGAUUUGAUAAAUAAUAAAGAGUUAAAGAAGAGGCUGUCUGGCAGGGCAAAGAGUAUGCAUUUACCAGAAUCAGGGGACGAAUCUGCUUAUGAAGAAAGAUAUGUUGGGUCAAAUGAACCAUCGACCUACUCUGUUCACAACAAACUGAAGUCUUGCUCUUUGGGUUGGCAUCUCUCCGGUAUUGGAUACACCACCUUCUUGUUACCUGGGUAACCCGGGAACAUCAUAAACUCUAAUAUGGAUUUUCUGGUAAGCUUGUUUAUUCAUCAGAUCUCUUAUAUUAUUAGCUUCAGUUAUUGUAUGAAUAUUUACCUUAUAUAUGCUUUUGUCAAAAUUUGAAUGCCAAAAUGUACUGUAAAGCAUCAUCUCAUGAACUUUAUAAGCAUGAGGUGUUAACACAAUUUCAUCCAUGACUUGUUUUUAGACCAUCAAUACUGUAAUGUAAUAAUUAUAAUUAUCAGGUGGUCAUUAUCCAUUAACCAUAGCCUGCUCUACUAUGCCAUUCUUUAGUACAUUAGUUAGGCUACCACAUUUACUCGACUCCAUACAGUAGCUAUUGCCAUUCCUGUAAAGCCUGUAAAAUUAUUUGGUGAAUUCUAGCUAGUCUUUGUAGGUGUUUUGACUAGUAUUAGAACAUGUUUGUGAGCGAGGACAUGACAAAUUCUGGCGGUUGCUUCGAUAUGUGGCCCAGAAAACGUGACAGCCUGGCCAGUGCUUUGGUCUGGGCAUAGCAAUUUUAAAGGCUGGCGAGUGGGCCCUACAUAACUGAAACCAGUUAGUAAUUCACUAAACUUUUUAACAAAUCCUUCAAUUUUCAUUUCCUUGAUCCAUUUCUUAAACCUGCAUGCCCAUCUGGGUUUUCAUAGUCAAGGGUCGGCUUAUCAACAAUGCAUUAUUCAUGUUUCAAAUGAACCUCAACCAAUGGUCACAGUGAAUCAUAUUUAUUUGAUUAAA